GUGCUUGCUAUCUGGUGUUGGAAAAUAUAUAAGUUAUGUUUGUUUGUUGAUCUUGUUCAGAUUUCAUAAAAACGUUGAAACUUACGAGUGUUGUGUCAGUUUCAUCUUCAAACAGUGUCACGUCUAAUGAAAACCACCAUUUAGAUUUAAGACGAGAACUUGGAAGUUAUAGUCUAUUCCUACUGCAAAGGAGUGUCCUCUGGGAUCUACUUCUACGACUACCAUCUCGUUUUAUUUAGGCUUCAAAUGCAAGGUCAGGCCACUUCCGUUUCAGCCACGCCCUAGCUCAAGCCUUUCAGUUCUUGAUUCUUAUUUCCCAAUGGAAGGAGAGCUUAAAUUCACAUUCAGCAAGAACAAUUAUUAUAGGUCUUUUGUUUAUAGACCGCUUAGUCAAAAUGCGCAAAAACCCACAAUUUCCACAAUAGUAUCGGUGUGACGAAGUCGAAGUCUUUCACGAUUAUAAUAUAUGUAUUAUGCUGCAUGAGGGGAAUCAGUAACCGAGCGCCAUGAACACUGAACUGAAGUGGAGCCUAGAUUUAUAGAAAGUGGCGUUCAGGAAAAAUCAAAAUAGAAGGAGAGCUUGCAAAAAACAAGAACCAACAUCAACAAGCUUGGCCCGAUCAAAUAGGAAGCCGAUGCUUGCAAAUGCAAAUCCAAAUGGCCGCGACUCGAAGAUGUAAGUAUUUGUAUUAGCAGUAAAACAAAAUUAAGCUAGAGAGUAGAGGGAUGUAGUCUAAGAUAUUCGUUUUGAGCUUUUGUUAUGAAUUGAGUUUUAGCAGUUUUCAUCAUGACACUGCGGCCGCGGCCCAGCGUCUUUUCUGAUAAUUUCAAGGAUGUCCUCAAUACAGAGCUGCCUUAGCUUUUUGCAGCCAGGGUUGGCGUCGAAAUUUAACUGUCUUUUCCUACCGUUCUUGUAGCACGCCGACGAAUGAUUAGGACUUAGUAGAGUCCAGCAUCGUCUUUAUAAUUUUUCAAUUCUUAUUUCGCUCCUUCGCAAGAAGAGGAAGCAGCCAAAAAGGUUAGGCAACUUCAGUGCUGAUUCGUACAAAAAAUAUCAUUCCAGAGGCUAGAGUGCAUAGAAGUAUUUCAGGACAUGGUAGUUCUAUGACCUCACUUGAGGAUCUUCGAAGAUGGAGACGGACAGUGCCACGACCCGGGGUGGCAGCUGCAAUGGGAAGGCGCCUGUGGGGUCAGAUAAUGUUCCAUCCAAUAUGAAGGAAGUUCGGGUCGUAGACUUGUCUGGCGAUUUUCUCUUCCUACGCGGUGCAUUCACCACUGGGAGCGACGUGAGGCGGGCGGUUGCAUUGAGCAAGAAGGUGCCGCAGAAUCUCUGUAUGUUGUACUGGGACACCUCGGCGCCCUCAAUCGCUCGCACGCCGUCUAAUGCCUCUUCCUCGGUGCCGCAGUCGAUUCGAGGAGAUGAAGUCGUGCGUAGCACAACGUCAGGAGGCAUCUACUUUCAACAGGAUGCAACGCCCCCGGUGCAAAGCCCGGCAAUGUCGGGAGCCUCUUUCACGUCGAGUCAGCGCGAGCAUUGGAACACCGCUGCAGCUGGAUACGUAGAUCGUGGCUCUACUAGUACGCAUACUCGGACCUCCCAGCAUGGCUUCACAACUGGACCACCUUCUGGUGAACUCGAACAACAGGAGGAGCAACAGGCUCACUCACCUCCAGCUUUUCCCGAAGCGCCGCAAUAUAAUCGCGUGAUCGUCGGCACUAGCCCUUCCGCUCCUUCCUCUGGGAUUCCAGUGGCUCGCGGGGGAAGCUUAGUUUUUUCACCGACGGUGACGGUCACUACACCUGCUCCGUCAAAUCAGCAUCAGCGUGCUCGACAUGACAUGAACACGACAUCCUCCCCCUCGCCCGCCUCCCCUUUGACGGCUCACAGUCAGGAGCUGACACUGAGCGCACACAAUGGCACGCGUGGUAGUAUAUCUAGCAACCAAGAAGCUGAAUCUCAAAACAACCAGAGACCGCACCUGCCCCAAGACGACACUGGCCAAUCAUUGCGCGAAAUGGCUCGUCAAGGGCCCGAAAAUAUGUCGUGGUCGCCACAGAUUGACCGGUCAGCCGGCGACGCGAAAUCCACUGUGAAUGGAAUGAUGUGUAAUUCCCCCACUGCCGAUCCAGCUACCGACCCGAUAUUUGUAAACAAAGAACAGGGGAAAAGAGGAGCAGGAGCACCCUAUGCGGACUUCGAUGCGCAUAUGCAAGAUGUUUCCGCCAGCUUUGCCAAUCUUCACCAAACAACCCUCCAGAAAUUUAUUGAUGCUCCCUCGACAAAGCGCCACCUUCAGAACGCUGAUGGCACGUUUUACGACCAAGAGAGCAAUCCCGCUCUUUCAACACCCGACGAGGAGGACAGCGAUGCUGGCUCGCGUUCCGCUCCGUUUCAUCAUCAGGUCGGCGAAAUCACCUCAAAUCUAAUUAUGAUCGCGACUGCAUCCAAAAGUGUGACGCCUCAUCGGGGAGAAAAUGUGCCUCAACCACUGCGAGGACCACGAGCGCCUUCCCCAGGUGGUAGCCUUAGCAGGAACUAUGAGCAGCCCAUCGGCUCAUUAGGCAGAUCGCGAACAAAUAGUACUUCGAAUGGCUACGCCGCACAGGAUUCGCGUUUAUUGCUACCGCCGAUCCAUCUGCUGAGAGGAGAGCGAUCUGGUGACGGAGCUAGUGAUGCCGGUAGCCACACUGCGACUAGUGAUCGGAGUAGCCUUCCAGAAGGCAGAAUUCGCUUUCUUGCAGACGAAGAACCCUUGAACUGGGACGUCUUGCUUUCGCGCUACGGAAGCGUACCGACACUGCGACUCAUGGUCACCAUUCGAGACUUCAGCAAGUACUAUCUGCACGACCCUAAAUUCUCAGAUGGCUAUAUUCGCGUUAAUUCAUUUUCAACUCUACCUUUAGCUGGGUGGCGUGAAGCAACGGAUCUGGCUCUCAGCUUCUUUCAAACUGAAUCUGACAUUGCUCAUAACUAUUCGAAUACUCAUGUUCUUUUUCGAAGCUGCAUUUUAAGAUUUGAUUAUCCAUCAAAAAAAUCGCGAUCUUGUUCCAGGUUUCCACGGCAGCCGACAGAAGUCGAUUGGCGUGGAUUGAGCGAAUCAGGAAAGCUCCAUUGCCGCGAUUUUGUGUAUCAAGAGGAGUAUUUGAAGACAAACCAAUCCCUUCCAACAUUACUGUGCUAUUUCGCGAAUCGGACUGGACUCGAUACCCUCUUAGAGGCAUAUCUAGAGAACGAAGACCGAACACCGAUUGCGGCAUUGUUGGAUGUUGAGGUAUCUUGGAGCUAUGUAUAUGUAGUCUUGCUGUUCAAUUUCAUCAAGACGUUGGAUUAUGACUAUUUUGAAUCUGUAGGACAUUGCGAGCACCUUCCUAUUUGUUUUCUCACCAAGGAAGGACCUCAGGGGCAGAAGCAGUCCGUAAUAUGCGCAUAUGAGUAUAUUUCUUAGCUGCUUUUAACUAAAUAUGGCCGUCGCUCCUUCCUUUCCACAAACAAUCCUUGUAGGACAUCCACCUUACCACUAUAGAAAAAAAAGAAAAAAGAUGGCCUCUCGAUCUCUCUCUGUCACUUCUGUGCCCAAAUCCGCUUCAGCGCAAAGGCUUGUGCUCUGACUCUAUAGACAUACUUUCUUGUUCGAGAGAACUUCUUCGGUCUGACUCACUAUUUUGAGUCUGUUCAGUAGCGCCGGCAGCCGUGCCUUGCUUUCGCCGUACAGAAUUCAUCCGGAAAUAGAUGAAGCAUAACAAUCAGUAUUUAUGAUUAUAAUAAAUUAUUAGCUUCUUCAUCUUCAAUGAAAGUGAAACAAGGACGACGAGUACGUAUGUGUUUUCAGUAGCCUUUUCUCUUUUACCUCUGUGCACCAGAAUGUGGUAUCGGAGUACAAGCGUGGGGGUGAAACGGAGCACUUGCCACGCAAUGCUGAGAGCCGAAGCCCGGAACCGUACAGCGACGAAGAUACUCACAGCGGCCGAUCAGUGUCUAGUUCGUCCGUGCACUCGCUUCCCUCGGCUGGACUCGGCGGGGGACAACAUGUUAUGUCCAGCUUUUUUUUUCGGAUUCGUUUGUUUUCCUUCCGACCGCUGCUCUGUCAUUGAAAAUGAUAGCCGUGCGUUGCCCAGCUUAUAACAUUCAUAUUAAUCAUAUUCAAUUUCUAACUUACGCGGCAUCGCACGGCCAUCGUCUUUGGAGCAACUGCAUAGGUCACCCGGCUCACACCCCCAACUUGGCCGAUUGCAAAGGAACUGGCCUCCUCUGUUCUUUCUGCUCCGGAAAGCAGAGUUCUCAGCCCGCAUCCGGAAGAAACUUCUCAAUCGCAGUGACAUAGAUUAUGCUACAUGAUCUUCUUCCUCUUAGCCUAGAGGCUAAGCGCUUAGCAUAUUCAUGAUCACGAAGGAAAUGUACGGAGCAACAACUAGUACUACUUAGGUGGGAGAUAGGAGACACUAAUAAACGUAAAGAUGAAGGUUUUAAUAUUUAAGAUAUUGUUAUUGAUGUUCAUUUUGUUUUUCGUCCUGGAUAGGCAUAUCUAGCUUCUGUUUGUUCACAGUCUUUGUUACAGUCAAUCCGUACCCUCUAAGAAGCAGAGUUGCUGAACUGGAUCCACCCGGAAACGCAUGAAACAUGCUUCAUAUUGGGAGGACUCUUUUGCGGUGGCAGUUUUCUCUCCGAGUGCCUCCAGUGUGUUCGCAUUUCCUCGUUGUGCCUCAAUGCCGUCUCCACGCUUUGCAGCGUCACCGAAAGGACAUGCUCCACGUGUCUCGCCAACUUCUACCAGGUACUUACUCUCCAGAAAGAAAAGAAAUUUUCUAUCUCUAGUAAGCACUGGUCGUGAUCAUACUCAUACAAGGACUACAAUAUCAAAUAGUAAGAAGGACUCUAACAAUCAUCCACUUUUUUCCUCAGGUUGGCUGCAGAGACGGAUUCGAUAUGGCGUUACAACGCGAAGACCUGGAUCUAGCUAUGCUCGAGACAACGGAAGUGUAUUUCACCUAUUUGUCGCAAAAAAACGCGGAGUCCUCGCGCAAAAGCGGUCGGAAGGCCUCCAAAAAAAUGCACGAUCUCGCCUGGUAUAGCGAGCGGGUCCGAAACAAGAUCCAAACCACAAGAACAGAACGAGGCACGCAGCCAAUAAGGUCUUGCACGAUGUAAUGAGGUCACUGAUGCAGAUAAUCGAUCCUGUUCUGUUGGCGUAUGAAACUCCUGGUACUAAGAAGCACCAGCGCCUGUGAUGCGCGGAUGGCGACGUUAGAACGUCGGUAGUGAGACGAUGUUAGUUAGUUUUUAUCGGCAUGACAGAAAUCGCAGAGAACUACUAGAAUUGAAUUUGUACGGUAUUAAUUGGGAUCCUCGAUUGGUAUUAUCUACAACGGUAUCUACGAUCCGUUCCACAACAGCAAUGCAAUGAAUUUGUUUUCUGUUUUUGUGUGACUGUGAGCGACGUGGUAAUGCCAGUCUAAGUAGGUCAAAGUGAGUGGUCCAUUCUUUUUAUGAUUCAGAAAAGAAACUGCAAUUAUUCGACGUCAACCCCUUGUGGGCAGACUAUUUUCGAAGCCGACGGCACCAAUUAGUUUACGUGUAAAUCUAUGUGCUUCACCCUCUUCACCUUGCAGUGAGUUAGUACGUGAUCAAGACCGUCGCUAGCAUGUACGAUCUACACUGUUUAGGUUUAUGUUUUUGUUUUCAUCGGAAUCGUGCUCUACCUCUGGUAAUCUGACAAUUUUCUACUCGCAACAACGAUAAAACCACAGCAACCAAUAUAUACAAGUGAAGUAGACCACUAUACCAUCGUUCUGUAGUAAGUUAUGACAAAGAAUAUAUCUUGUAGUUGUGCUACUAGCUUCCUCGUUCAUCAUCGCUGCUAUGCGCGCAGCUCGAUAAUCACGUUAACAAUGUAUGAAGAUUGGUGCUCCUCCUGGGAUUGCUGCGGGGCAGGCAGAAGGCAUUCCUGGCCGCGGUGGGAAAGACAACGAAAUCGCCUCGUUACACGAGGCUAGGACACUGUUAUUUCAGUCAGCACAUGACUUCAAGAUCAACACUCUACUUUGCGUGAUAUGUUUGCUGGUCUAUCCAUUUUGUCCGUGUAGGAUAUAAUUUGUGCAUCGAUGUAAUCAAUGUGAAGGUCUUUCCUCUCUGCUAUGCGUUAGAUAUCGUCUUAACCUUACCAAGUGUUGAUAUUUUUUGGGUGGGCGGUAGCAAGGUGCUAACUAUACUUUCCUUGCUGCCGGCUUGUUGUUGUUCUCUUCAUUCUCUGUCGUACAUAGCAUGACUGUGUGCUGAAGCCAUUCGUGAUGAAGUAAGCCUGUCCUUGGACUGGGUAUUUCAUCAUCAUCCUCAGCGUUCUCUAUCCCAGUGCAUGUGCAUAUUAUUGUCUUUACAUCUUCCUACUAGUAGGCUACUAUGUAUUGAUGCGAGCUUCACUCUCACUUUCAGACUUCCUACUAGGCAUGACAUGUAGGUAGCGCUGUGAAUCGACAUAAUCUUCCAUUCCAUUUUUCAAAAAUUAUGAUGCGCCAUUCCCAUUGAAUUUGAUCAUCAUCAUGGCAAUGGCAUCCAUAGUCUAAUUAUGCUUAGAUACACGUCAUGGCCAUUGAUUGAUUUUCCUUUCACUAGCUUUUUAAUUUCAACAUAUGAAGAACAAUAUAUCGUUUUGUGAACUUCGUCGUGUGUAUGAUUACCUUGCUUCAAGUUCAAUCACAAUCUAAGAUUCUAUACAAUUUUCUGUUACUUACUAGUUGUCUGAUUUCGUUCCUUCUUGUACGCACUUGCUUGCUUCUGACAGUCAUCAUUUUGGCCCCGGAUCAAUGGUAAUUCGCGCAACCUGUGGGGUCGCCCAUCCCAGGAGGAAAAGAUGAAUAUGCGUCAUUGCACUGACCAGUACAGCGGGCCGACAAUAAAUAGAUUAAAAACGAGUCAAAGCUAAUUCAUGCCUCUGCAUCGAUCUAGUGCCAGGCUCAUCCAGACCUGGGCAGGUGUAUGAGACCGCGAACAAACCGAUCCCGCUAAGAAGAAAAAGGAAGUGGUGAAGAGAUGCAAUUGCAACAGAACCAGCAGCAACAAUAAUUAACUAGUAGUCCUUUCACCCCUAAAUUCUGGGUAUAUGCAGAAUUUUAGAGCGUAACGGGAUAGCAGAGUAGUUUAUAUCACGCAUGGUGCAUGGAGUGCAUGGACGAGCGCAGAGCUUUAAGGGGCGCAAGAAGCUCCCCCUUUAGCUCCAUGCUCCUCCAUGCCAUGCGAGCCGUGAAACCUUAUAAAUUGCUCUGGGAUAGGAAUAUACAUCCUGCGCCAUUUUGCGGGGUCUUUACAUUCUGCAUAUAUUAUCACCAUCAGAGUAAAUGGGAUUUUUGAGGUUUUACUGCCCGUCGUUUGCCGUUUCCAGGUGGGAGUACUUGUUCACCCGGACUCGCGUAUGGGUUGUGAUCACAGCCUACAUGCGCUAGAACUAGCGACAGUUUGGCGCAUUUUUCGUUGGCUGAUUGGACUUCGAGGAGUUGUUGAAAUCCCUCUUUUUUUCUACAUGACGAGGAAGCAUGCCACUGAAUUUAUUGACACG